AAGCAAUCUGUUUUUGUAAGUAAUAGUGGGAUAGUUUUGUUUAUAGCUGAACGUUUUUCAUAACCAAAGCCUCACCAAAAGAAAGUCGUCUCAAAUCCCAACAUGAUAAGCCUGAGUUUCGUUGUCGGAGUAAUAGGCAACAUCAUCUCUGUCUUCUUCUUUCUUUCUCCGCUGAGCACAUUCUGCAGAAUAGUGAGGAACCGCUCGACAGAAAAAUUCGAGAGCUUUCCCUACAUUUCGACCCUCUUGAGUUGUACCUUGUGGACUUACUAUGGUGUUACAAAUCCUGGAAGUUUCCUGGUUGCCACUAUAAAUGGAUUUGGAGUAGUGGUGGAAUUGAUUUAUGUAGCUUUGUUCCUUAUUUUUGCACCUCCGAGAAUCAGGGCUAAAACUGGGAUACUCUUUGGGCUUCUCGAUGUUGGAUUUGUAGCAGCAACAGUUUUGGUCACUCAAGUGGUUGUGCAUGGAGAUCAAAUGAGGAUUAAUGUGUUAGGGUUUCUGAGUGCAGGCCUCGAUAUUAUCAUGUAUGGCUCGCCUUUAGCAGCAAUGAAAACGGUGGUGACGACUAAAAGCGUGGAGUAUAUGCCGUUCCUUCUCUCAUUGUUCGUUUUCUUGAACGGGGCCAUUUGGACUUUGUAUGCUGUGCUCGUCAAAGAUAUCUUUCUUGGAGUACCAAAUGGGAUAGGGUUACUUCUUGGAAUAGCACAACUACUUCUGUACGCAAUUUAUAGCAGGAAGCGUUCAAUAACAUCAUCAGAUGAAUGGGAAAUCAGAGAACGCCUUGUUUCAUCUUCAAGCAAAAUGGAUGAACAGAUUCAAGUGUAGAGCUUUAAUUAAUAUUCAGGUUUUGAAUA